UCACUUCUUACACAAGAAACAAACACAAAAUGGCCCCCUUCGGCAUCAACCUCUCCAACAAAUCUAGAGCCCCAGGCGGCAGCAGCGGCGCUGCAAGCAGCAACAAGCGCAAAAAACCAAUCUUCUCGACCUCAGACUCAGAAGACGACACCACGAACCCCAACACAACAAACAGCGCACCCUCAAAAGCCAUAGAGAUCACGACCCUAGGCGGACUAGACGAUACUCCCGCAAACGAAGAAGAAAGCAAUAACCUGCGACCCACAAAACGCCGCCUCGCACCGCCGGGAACAAACCCCGCGCAAGCCCCAGGCAACAACAAAUCGAUAAAACCGCUCUCGAAAACCUCCAUCUUCGCCAACGACUCCGACUCCGAAACCGAACAAAACCAACCGGCCCCCAAAACCUACGGCCUCAACACAACCAAAACCACCUCGAAACCCAAACCCACGGAAACAGAAUACACAAACCUCUCCACCCAACACAGCAGCCGAAAACACCAAACCGCAGCCGAAACCGUCGACCCCUCGAUCUACUCCUACGACAGCAUCUACGACACGCUCCACAGCAAACCGGCACAAAAAUCCACAGCGGAGAAUCAUCACGAUGCUGCAGCCCCCGAAGUCCCAAAAUACAUGACCGCGCUGCUCCGGAGCGCGGAGAUCCGGAAACGGGAUCAGCUGCGCGCGCGGGAUCGGCAAUUGGCCAAGGAGCGCGAGGCGGAGGGGGAUGAUUUUGCAGACAAGGAAAAGUUCGUGACGGCGGCGUAUAAGGCGCAGCAGGCGGAGUUGAGGCGGAUUGAAGAGGAGGAGGCGGCGCGGGAGGCAAGGGAGGAGGAAGACAGACGCAAGAAUGGCGGGAAGGGAAUGGUGGGUUUUUACCGUGAGAUGUUGGCACGCGGUGAGGAGAGGCAUGCUGCUGUUGUGAGGGCGGCGGAGGAGGCUGCGGCUGCGGCUGUUACGUUGGGUGGGCAGGGUGAGGGUGAGGGUGCUCCUGGGACAGAAAAGGCAGAAGGAGGAGAGGAAGAAGAAAAGUCAGAGGCGCAGGUCGCGGCUGAGCUCAAUGCGCGCGGUGCGCAUGUUGCUGUAAAUGAUGAUGGGCAGGUCGUCGAUAAGCGGCAGCUCCUGUCCGCUGGGUUGAAUGUCGCGCCUAAGCCGAAGAGUACCGCGCAAAGUGGUGUGGCCACCUCGUCGAGAGCGGCGCCCUCGAGGUUCGGCGCGAAUAGGGCAGGCCCCGACCGCGGGGGCCAGCGCGCGAGACAGACGGAGAUGAUCGCCUCGCAGCUGGAGGAGCGGGCGCGGCAGGAAGAGGAGGCCGAGGCGGCGCGGCAGAAGGAGAUCGCCGAACGCAGUCGCAGCCUCAAAAGCCAGGGCGAUGUCUCGAGUGCGCGCGAGAGAUACCUGGCCAGAAAGAGGGAACGCGAAGCCGCGGCUGCCCAAGGGAAAGCCUCCUAAUCGAUUUAUCUACUGGAUCUAUAGUGUGUGGCCUUUUGUUGACCUGUACAAUAUAAUGAUAGGGAACCC